AUGGAUGGCCAGGGCCAGCAGUCGGAGGUAAAGGCAUCUCGUCGACACCACGGACCUCCGCCAGCUACCUUACUGAUCAUGUGUCACAGUCCGGUCCACGCAGCCCUGCAACCCUGCCGGAGCUUGACUUCUCACAUCACCCCUUCAACGUCGACCUCCACCUCGACUUCCCUACCCUGAACGGCGACGGCUCUCUCGACGACCUUACUGCACACCAGUCUCGGCGGCAGAGCCGCACCCCUCCCGCUGCCUUGAGCUCUCUUGGAGCGAGGAUCAAGAUGGACACUAAGAACAAGGACACCCUUAGCGAGUCGUCGAGCUCGUUGACAGACAGCCAAUAUGAUAUGCUCGAUGACCUUUCUGAGAUAUCCACUGACGAUCACGAGACGGCCAGCCUGCCCUCCAAUAACGACGAUGCUCAGCUCACUCUAGUCGAUGGGUUCGAGGAUGGGUCCGAGGACGGGUCUGAGGAUGAGGUAGAAGAGUCGGAGUCAGCCCUGCUGUUGGACUCUCUGGAGCUUGCCACACCUCCCCGCUUGAGCACAGCACGUCCUACAUUCCAACAUGUUCUUGCCAAUCAAAAGGAGCACGAGAAGGCGGGAGAAGACCUGUUCAGCUCCUACGGCUCUGACGACCUGGAAACGCCUCGUCAAUCGACCAUGCCAGAGGCCUCGUCCCCGGCGAAGCGCCGCUCUACCAUCGUUCCAACUGGUCCCUUCCCUACUCAAUCGUCACCUUCUGCUCAGACUGACAAGACGGCCAACCACAUUCUCUUCGUCUCAGAUCGGACAAUUCUCCAGCGGGAAAUGGACCUCAUCUGUAUCAGAGUGGCGUCUUGUAUGGACACAUCCACGAUCAACACACCUCACCGAGUCGUCCGUUUUCCCAAGACUCCUUCAGGCAUCACUUUGGCAUCGCCCACGACUGUGUAUGCCCAAGACAAGCUUUCAGCUACGGUACAACAAUGUAUCGAAGCCGACACACGCAUGGGAUCAUCGCCGUCGUGGCAGCUACGCAUCCUUGACUCCGACGAAGUACACAGUUCCAUAUACACCAUUGGUAAGAACGCCAAGAUUGAUCUCCCAACGCCCGACAUCGCUGUGAUCUACCUUGACGAUGAAGCGUCGCAGGAGCAGUGGUUCUCUGCUGCCUAUCGGGCUCUGCGGAGCUUGAAAGUUCCUGUUCUGGUCGUCCACCAGCCGACAGUCGACCACCCAUUGACCAAGCAGAAGGACGCCGCCAAAGUAGUCAUGACCAUAGAUGACUUCGUUGUGAUGGACCGCUCUGCCCUUACGACCCUGGUCUCGGACCUGCAGAGCGGUAGGAUCCCGAGACUGUUGACAAAGGAGAAGCGUCUUACUUGGGCGGGAGUACGCGUGGACGGUCACCUCAUUAGCUGGUCUUACACGAUCGUAUUGCUUUGCAUCCUCCUGAGCCUGACUCUCAAUUUAUACCCCGCCAUUGCGGCACGCUGGAACACAUCAGAUCCAGCACCAGAACUGGCCUACCGUCGGGAGGGUCUCCGCACAGCCCUAAGCAAGGCAACAGACUCCUCCAUUGUGGUUCAAGACCUCGACAUCGACCACUUGCUUCCAGUGUUAGACAGAGGGUGUCUUUCAGAAAAUGUCUCGAAGCCAGCGUGCGAGCAGCACAUCGCAACAUCGCAGGCUUUCUCGCCGAACCACCUGGUGGUUUCCAUGUCUGCGUACAAGCGGUUCCCGACUGUUACCGCAGCACAUGUGUACAAGAGUGAUGGGCGCCAACUAAGUUUCAACCAGACCAAGCUGAUCGAGGGCGUCUACGGCUUUACAUUUGACGCCAGGGAAGCAUACGGUACAGUUGUUGUCAAUAUCAUGGCUAUCAAGCCCGAGCGGAACAUUACGGCUUCUCACGACUUUGGACGCCGCAUCUUGCAGCGCAGGACUUACGAGAAAGCUGGCACUGAUGUGAGUAAGGCGGUCGGCAAGGACGUCGCCAUCAUAAGGGAUGCCGCCAAGGGCCUCACUGACAAGCUCUCGACUGAGGUCGGUGCCGGCGUCUGGGCUACUAGGAACGUCACCACACAGCUGGCUCUUCAAAUGGCCAAAGACCUCCAAGCAAUUGGCAAUACAGCUGUUUCUGUCUUCAACAAAGCAGCCAAGGCUGGGAAUCGCACGGCGACAACUUUGAGCAAGGACUUCGUUCUCAUGCAGAAGGAUCUCGUGCAAUUUACGAAAGAUCUCUCCACGAUAGUCAAGUCGAAAGUGGAAUCAGCCAAGAGCAGCUCCAAAGACUUGAUCCGAAAGCCUCUAGUGCAAUCUCGCGAGCGGUUGAUGGAGAUUCGAAAAGCGUUACAAGAGAGGGAAGCCGGUAAGAAAGUCGACAACAUUGUCAAGACGACUUCUCGGCAAUCCGAUUCCAGUGCGACUUCUGCGAGCGAUGCAUACGUCCACGCUGUCAAAAACCAUAAGAAGCUUCAGCAGCAGGUCAACCGCCUGUCAAGUCGCAUUAAGAAGCAGCCCGGGCAGGACAGUACUCGCGUGGGACUCAAGCAGCUUAAGAAGCAGCUUCGAGAGCAUGAGAAGACCAUCAAGGAUUACGAGGAGAAGGUGCGGGAGGAGUAUGCAGAGGUCGUCAAAGACCCGAAGAAGAACAACGAGAAGACGCAAAUAGAUGAGAAGCGUGCUUCAUGGUUUUGA